AUGUCCUUCAAACUCUUCACCCAUACCCCCCACACCCUCCUCCGCCUAGGUCUAAGCCUAAGCAUCGGCCUAGGCGCCGCAUCCCUACACUCAACCUCACCCUUCCGCGCCGCGCCCUUACAAUGUCAAUACGCCACCGGACCCAGUGCCAGUGACGCCGUCUUUAACCAGAAGACCGGAUCAGGAUGGGCAAUUGACAGCGGCACGUCGGAGUCCAUCGCGCAGAAACCAAAGCAGGGGUUUCUCAAUGCCGAAAGUAUGAGGCAGGUUAGUCUCGGCUGUGUACUUGGUCUGGUGGCCGGGGUGGGGCUGAGGGCUUUUUCAAAGGCCUUGGUUGUGAUUUUCGGUAUGGGGGUUGUUCUUGUGGAGUUCGCUGCUUCCAAGGGCUACAAUAUCCUUCCCCUCCAUCGCAUGCAGAAAUAUGUUAAGAAUGUCGACCUCAAGCGCGCUAUGAGUGAGAAGCGGCCGUUUAAGAUGAGUUUCGGGGCUAUGAUGGCGCUGGCGGCUUUUGCGCAGUUCUAG